UGCGAGUGUUACUUGUUAAAUUAAAACAGUAUUCUGUUUCUACUUUCUGUAGAAGCUUCAAGAUGAUAACUACUGAUUAAAUACUUUAUUCUUCUUUAAACUACUUAUGUUUAUAAAAUUAAGUGCCACUGUCGGUGGUUUCGGUAUGUAAGAUGUUUUUAACUGAAGAAGGUUAUCGAUUCGUCGUGUAAUUUUUAGAAUUCUAGGCCUACGAGAUUUGUACCUAUUAUGAAACAAAGACCUUAAAUUUUCUGUAAAUUCUGUGAUCACGUCUCCUAUAGAAUAAAUAAAAAUAAAAUGGGUUCUGGUAUGUAAAAUGUAGAGUAUAUUUUUUCUUAGAACAAGAAUUACGUAUAGGAUUAAAUUAUAUAUGUACAAUUUUAAGUAUGGACAGUCCCAUGUCACUAUCUAAUGCGUGUUAAAUAUUUAUACUCAGUAUAAAGCUGCAUAAACAACUUUCUUCAAUAACUUAAAGUGUAAUUUCAGAAUAUUUUGAAACAAAUUCUCUAGACUUUACCGAAUUUUGGGCCAACACAGGCGUGAAUAGCGAAGUCCUUCGCGGGGCAAAGCUACGGGAGGAGAAACCCAACUGUAGCAAAAAUCAAGAACAGUUUACGCCAGUUUAUGUCAAUAUAAACAGCUAUGGAAAGAAGAUGCAUAAUCAUAGGCGUAGCAAACGUAAAUCAGGUAUAAAUACAAAGGAGUAUAGCAGAUGUCCAAUGAGAAUAGCAGAACUAGCUAUUCCGACAAAGCGUCAAUGUCUUGAUACUUGGAGAAAUAGAGGAAAGACUCUCCCUAACUUCAUGGUAGACAGGUUGCGACAACACGUUAUGGAUGCAAAACCCGUGGUCCAUAUUAAUGAUGCAAUUUAUUGCUUUAAAUCUCAAAAAGUCAAACGAUCAAGAUCAAAUAAAUUAAAGUUUAUAAAGAAAGGAAACUUCGAUAAAGCCAAAUUAUUCUGCGCUUUUUUUGGGCAUAGAAUUGUAUUGAAGUUAUUGCCAUCGGGACGAAUACCAAUACAAAAGAGGUAA